CUACUCGGACGGAGUUGGCGCGGCGUGCGGCAGUCUUCUAGCAAAGAGAACCUCCAGUCCAACCUACCCGACCCCGCCGUACAUAGCAACACGCAUAAAGCAGUCCCGCCCCUCCGUAUGCCCCCGCCCACCGCCGGCGGGAUCAACGAGCCACAAGAGUGUCCCUACUGCCGCAGGACAUUCUCUUGUUACUAUUCCUUGAAACGACACUUCCAAGACAAGCACGAGCAGUCGGACACGCUGUACGUGUGCGAGUUCUGCCACCGGAGGUACCGCACCAAGAACUCGCUGACGACGCACAAGAGCCUGCAGCACCGCGGCUCCAGCGGCAUGCUGAAGCGGCUGCUGAAGACGUCGGCGCUGCACUCGGCGCUGGCGCCCGCGCCGCACCACCUGUUCGACCUGGGCGCGCCCGAGCACGCCGCGCCGCCGCCGCCCGGCCUGCAAUGACCUCAGCCCAUGGCCUAGACUCGUAUGUGCAAUAUAACGGACUAUGCCAAAACGAUGCAGGACAAGAGCCGCAUUUAUGGUUUA